AUGCCCAUUGUCGAAAACGAUCCAUGCGAAACCUCCUGCUGCGCCGACCGCGCCGCGGCAGGACUCUCGGAUGAGGGAAAGCUUGGAGAUAUCAGCGCCGCUUCCGCCGAAAAUCCCUCCAAGACGCCGCGUCAGUCAAGCUACGGCCCGUGCGGGUAUCCCGUGUCGUCGUUGCUGACUCAGAGAAGCAACCCAGUCAUGAUGACUAAGAUGACACGAGGCGGGUUUCAACUCAUCACCGCCGCCGCCGCCGGUGGAUACGCGCCGCCAGAAGCGGAACGCCGCGUUGGGGACGCUGCGAAUCCACGAUUCGACGCGUCGAUGAAUGAUCUUGAAUCCGACCCGCGACAAAAUCUUGGUUUAGGUUCGCGGAACCCUGUAGUACUUUUUCCGAGCCUCCAAAAUGUGCUGGCGCAGCCGCGGCUCACGGCGCCAUCCGCGCAAGUAGGGGCGGCGGGGGAGGCGGGGGCGUCUACGGCGUCCGCAUGGUGUGCGCCGCGCACGCAGCAGCAGCUGGUACCGCCGCCCCUGGACGCGCCACGGUCUGGCAAUCCGUUACUAUCACGCGCCACGCAAGCCGCGGGAACUUGCGCCCGGUUUCUUCCCGUUGCUGCGCCGCCCCAGUCAACGUGCGCCGUUGCUGCGCCUCAGUCAACUUGCGCACAGCGUCCCCCCGUUACUACCGGCGCGGCUGCACCCCAGUUCCCAUCUCUCUUCUCGGGUGCAUCCCAGGCUGACGUUACUCCGCCACCCACGGCCUCGCUGCUGUCACUCAACUCGAGUCGCGUUGUCGCUGUAGCAGCUGGACGCCUGUUUCUAAACAGCCACGGCAAUGCGGUGGAACAACAGCAAGAGCAUCAGGAGCAAUGGCUAUCACGGCAGCACAAUAAAAGGACUCUGGAUCUGAACAAUCUCCUUUCGGAUGAGGUCGAGGCCAAGCGCCACUGUGACACUCAGCGGUGCGCUGCUGACUCAGCAGCGUCGGGCGGCAGUGGCGGCGCCAAGCAGUUUGCAUGGAAUGCUACUGCUGGUGCUACUCCUGCUGUUGCGGGUCCAAGUACGCCUGCCAUUGCCGCUACAUACAAUGUUGCACCAAGCACACCCGCGUUUGCAGCUUCGUGGAAUGCUGCUCCCAGCCAUGCGGGCUCUCCUGGAAGCAUUGGAGUUGUUGCUGACUCCGCCGUGUCUAGUAACGGGUCACUUAGUAAAGGAGAUGAGGCUCAGCCCUUCCUAGGCAAGAUCUCUCCAACAAUUUUUGGGUCGCCUCAAUCAGUCCAAAGACGUGUCUGCAAGGUGCAAAAAGCACGCGUUUGCGGGGUCUGCAACAAAAGUUUUUCGUCAGGUCAGGCGCUUGGCGGGCACAUGCGGAAACAUUUGCAGGGAGAGAAGGCCGACUCUUCUCUGAAAAAGUUGCUUUUGGAGACAAAGCCUGGGGACGGAGUGGAGCAGGCGAGCAAGACUCGAAAAAAAAACCGAGAUGUAGGGAUUGGUAAGCUUACAGAGCUGGCUCGUAAAGGGGAUGCAAGUGAUGAAGGAGGUAACUUGUCUCCUCCAUGCACGCAACAGGGAGGAUGGGAGGGGAGCAGCAACAGGCCACACCAAGUGGAACAUCACAGUAUUCUUGACAACAGCAAGCCACACCUGGUAGUGCACCAUAAGCCUCUCGAGAAGGAUGGCUCCCGAGAGCGCAUGUUUGCAGAAGCUUGUGCUGCUGCUGUGUUAGAUCGACAGGCUGCACCUGCGCCCUUUUUUCCCAGCCAUGAUGGGCUGGACUUGGACCUUAGACUGUAG